GUCCACUAUUCUUUCUUUAUUUUCUUUUUCUUUCAAUUUUUUUUUAUGUAGCAGCAGUUCUUUAGCUUUUACCAAUUCAAUUCAAGAAUUGAAUUAUCUUUUGCUAUAACUUUGAAAAAUAAACACAUUAAUGCGUUCUUGAUUUCCUUUCCCUUCCCAUUUUUUUGUAUUUAAUUUUGUAGAGUUGUAUUCUGAAAGCUCCUCAGAUUCAACCAAAUCAAAUCAAAUGGCAGCAUCAUCGCUUGGACAGACCACCGAGAUCAACUGGGACAAGCUCGAUAAGACUAAGUUUUAUGUUGUAGGAGCCGGUAUAUUUACUGGAGUGACAGUGGCACUGUAUCCCAUGUCUGUUAUAAAAACUAGACUUCAGGUUGCUACGAAGGAUACUGUUGAGAAAAGUGCAUCUUCUGUUAUUAGAGGGAUACUGAAAACAGAUGGGAUUCCUGGUCUCUAUAGAGGAUUUGGUACUGUCGUCACUGCUGCAAUUCCUACCAGAAUUAUCUUUCUUACUGCAUUGGAGACCACGAAAGCAGCUGCUUUUAAGAUGGUUGAGCCAUUUAAAUUCUCUGAACCUUCACAAGCAGCCUUAGCAAAUGGCAUUGCUGGCAUGUCAGCAUCGCUUUGUUCUCAAGCUGUCUUUGUUCCCAUUGAUGUGAUUAGCCAAAAGUUGAUGGUGCAAGGAUAUUCUGGCCAUGAGAAGUAUAAUGGGGGUCUGGAUGUUGCACGCAAGAUUAUAAGGACUGAUGGCAUCAGAGGAUUUUACAGGGGGUUUGGUCUAUCAGUCAUGACUUAUUCACCAUCUAGUGCUGUAUGGUGGGCGAGUUAUGGUUCAAGCCAACGUGUCAUCUGGAGGCUUUUAGGCCAGGGUACUGAUCGCGAGGGAGCUGCUCCUAGUGAGUCAACUAUAAUGCUAGUUCAGGCAACUGGAGGAAUUAUCGCGGGAGCUACAGCUUCCUGCAUCACAACCCCUUUGGAUACAAUUAAGACUCGCUUACAGGUGACGAGUCUUGAAAGAAGAAGCUCUGCAAGACAAGUUGUUAAAAGCUUGAUUAAGGAUGAUGGUUGGACAGGCUUCUACAGAGGGUUGGGUCCUAGAUUUUUCAGCAUGUCAGCGUGGGGAACCACAAUGAUAUUAGCUUAUGAAUAUUUGAAGCGGUUGUGUGCAAAGGAUGAAUAGAUGUGAACCUGCUAUUGAUCAGUGGUAGAGAUUUGGUUCUGAAGGUGGCUUGAUCAAGUUAUCUUUGGAGUUGGCAUUUUUACACAUGCAGAAGAAACUUUUCUUGUAUUCCCAACCCUGAUACAAUAUUGUUGGUCUAGUCUUUGGCAUUACCGCCACUGAGGAGCGAACCUCCUAUUGAAUCUGGAUUGGUUACAGAAUUUUAAAGACUUUUUAGUCCGCCUGAGAUUCUAAGCACCGAUUCUUUUACUCUCCCUAGGAACUCAAGGUUAGGUAAAUGAGUCAGUUAGAUGCUCCACUGGUAUAUCCAUUUUUCAUCUUGCAUAGCUAGUGUAUUCUUGUAGCAAAAUAUUUUAUCCGUUGCAAUUAUAUUGUGAUUUUUCCAUUUUGAACUCGAGAAAUUUUAGUGUAGUAUCUGGAAGACCACAGAGUUACGUGCUUUGGCAGAAACAGUUGUAUACCUGAAUGAAAUCUCUUUUCAAUAAUAAGGUUUGAUUACUCUUUGGAACUCAUUUCCAA